GAAUAAUAGCCAGUAGUUGUUGGAAUCUCGUCGCUCAAUAUAUUCUGCUGCAAGAAUGAAUCUGCCGCUUUUCUAAAAAGAUAAUGAAAGAUACCAAAAUGAUUUCAUUUCCUAGUUGACAUUUUUUACACUUAUGUGGAACUUUUUGUUGAGAAAGACUGUGAUAAGUCCUCUUCCAACGAAACUAUUAGGUUCGGCACUCAUCCUCUGUAACUUUACUUGGCGGCAACGUUUGUUUUGGAAUGGCAACUUUUCUAUACGUCGUUGUAGUAGGAACAGUAGCUUGCAACGUUCUUCUACUACUGUGAAUUACUCAGUUUUUGGAGACAAACUAUUUCGUGAAUAUAUUAACGAGUCUUUAUAUACAAAAGACAAAGGAUACUUUAUGGAUGCUUCUCGAGGUCCUCCUUUAAAAGAGACUGCAUCACCCAUUCCUUUUCAGGAGUUGACAGGUCCUGAACAAUACUACUCACUGGUUGCUCAACGAUAUGCCAAACAACCGAAUAGUUGGUCUACUCCUGUAGAGUUAUUUUAUCCUUGGUAUGGAUAUGCUAUAGCUCGUUGGAUAGAACAAGUAGUACAGGAAUCUUUUGAUAGACAACAACUUUUCCAAGAAUGGCAUAUAGUGGAAGUUGGAGGUGGGAAUGGUUCUUUAGCGGAGUCUAUAUUGCAUUAUGCAAAACAGAAUUAUUCUCAGCGUCUCUAUCAUUCUUUAAAGUAUGACAUUAUAGAGAUUAGUCCUCUUUUUGUGGAAAGACAACAAAGACGUUUAAAUGCUUAUAGUGAGUGUGUAUCUAUUCAUUCCUUGUCCAUCUUGGAUUGGUCACAAACUAUAAGAGCGCCUUGUAUUCUUUUAUUUUGUGAAGUAUUAGAUAAUUUUCCUCAUGACCGAAUAGAAUGGGAUAGUCAAACAAAGACUUGGUACGAAUGUCUUGUAAGAGAAACUGAAGAUAUUUCAUCCAAUCAUCCAUUGAACAUUGUUCGUGUACCUUUACAAGACGAUUGGAUUGUUUCAACUCUGCAUGAUUGGAAUAUGUUGGAUGGACUCAUGCCCAAUAUUUCAUGGCGUUCAUUAGGAGGAAAUCCUUAUUAUUGGCUUUAUUAUUUACAAAGUAUGAUAGACAGCCUAUUAUUCUCUUCUAGUCGUUGUGUUGUAUAUAUACCAACUGUAGCUCAUCAAAUGUGGACCUCUGUUCGAAGAUAUUUUCCACAAUCACAUUUAUUGAUUGCCGAUUUUGAUUUUCUUCCUCAAGCAACGAGAGGUUUUUUUGCACCUGUUGUUCAAGAUGGAACCAAAACAUUUGCUUCCAUAGAAGAACCUAUCAAAGCAAGUUGCGAUAUUCUGUUUCCUGUUUAUUUUAAUGGUCUUUCUUAUGCCAUUCGUCGUUUAUGGAAUCCAAAACAUAUACAAAUAGAAAAACAAAGCAAGUUUCUAGAAAUAUAUGCUGACUUGGAAUAUACUCGUACCCAAAGUGGAUUCAAUCCCAUAUUGAGGGAAGAGAAGAAAUGCCUCAAGAAGAGAGAAUGGGAGUGGAAAAAUCCUUCGAGAGACAUGUUUCACAAACUUAAAGUGGGUAUAAAAAGUGUUGAAAAUACUUUUUCCAAACACGAAGCAAGUAAAGAUGCUCGUUUCGAAUCAGCUUAUCAGCGUUUUUGCGAAUUGGAAGACAAAGCUAGUUUGUUAUCCAACGCCCUUAGAGAUAAUAGCAAAGCUUGGGGUUCGUUACUAGUCAAUUGUAGAGACUUUUUAAAUCAUGUAUCGUCCCUUUAUGAAGACCAAGAACCUUCUAAAGUGUUGGCCAAGGAGGCUUUGCAGUGUACAGAAGCUUAUCAAGAGUAUUUGGAUAAAUAUGGAGUCACCGCAGUGCAAGAAAGUGUUAGAGACAACGCUGUAAAACUAUUGAAUCAGUAUUUGGAAAGAAUUCGAAAGCUACGAGCUGUUUCAGAAAGUCAGAGAAAGAUUAUGAAAGAAUAUGACUAUUAUAAAGAUAAGGUUGAUAGUCUUCGUACUGCUGCAAAUACGAAAGAAAAGGAACGAGAGCGAUUAUCAAGAAAUGAAUCAAAGUUAGCAGAAGUCCGUAGUCGAUUAGAAGAUUGUACGAAUGAGUUUUGUAAGGGAGUGUCUCAGUUAGAGAAACAGAAAAACUAUGUGUUUGAUAGAGCACUCGUUACUUUUCUAAAUGCACAAUUUAUCGCACUCUCUUAUAAUCCGUUUUAUACUAUUGGACAAAAACUACAGGAUCAGUAUGCAGAUAUGUUGAGUGGUGAAUUUGAAGACUUGAGUAUGAGAGACUCGUUGGAAGUUUCUGCUGCAACUUGAAAUAAAAGGAAUGGGAAUGUAUGCCCAAAUGACAUUUUUGG